AUGGAUAACAUACCAGAGCAUAUAGUGUGGGAGAUAAUGAGUAGGAUAAAGAAAACGAGUGACAGAAACUCUGUUUCCAUAGCUUGUAAACGGCUUUAUCAUUUAGAUAAUGCACAAAGGCAUUCUCUAAAAGUUGGAUGUGGAAUGGAUCCUGCAGAUGAAGCUUUGACCUGUCUAUGCACGAGGUUUCUCAACUUGUCCAAAGUUGAGAUUACAUACUCUGGUUGGAUGUCAAAGCUAGGAAAACAGUUGGAUGAUAAGGGACUUUUUAUUCUUGCAAAUCAAUGCCCUUUACUCUCUGAUCUCGCCUUGAGCUACUGCACGUUUAUCACUGAUGUUGGUCUUCGUUACUUGGCUUCUUCUUCCAAAUUGUCAUCUUUGAGAUUGAAUUUCACCCCAAGAAUCACUGGCUGUGGCAUUCUGUCUCUUGUUGUCGGUUGCAAGAAACUCUCUAGGCUUCACCUUAUUAGAUGCCUUAAUGUGAGCAGUGUGGAGUGGCUUGAAUACCUUGGCAAGCUUGGAACACUUGAGGAACUCUCCAUUAAGAACUGUAGAGCCAUUGGUGAAGGUGACUUAAUUAAGCUUGGCCCUGGUUGGCAAAAACUUAAAAGGUUGCAAUUUGAGGUUGAUGCUAAUUACAGAUAUAUGAAAGUUUAUGAUCGUCUAUCUGUGGAUAGGUGGCAAAAGCAGCAUGUCCCAUGUGAAAAUAUGCUGGAACUUAGCCUGGUAAAUUGCAUCAUCAGUCCUGGGAGAGGACUUGCUUGCGUGUUGCGGAAGUGCAAGAACUUGGAAAAAAUUCACCUAGACAUGUGUGUUGGGGUAAGGGACUUUGACAUUAUUUGUUUAUCUCAAAGGUCAAGUGACCUUCAAUCAGUUUCAUUCAGAGUUCCAUGUGAUUUUUCUCUGCCUUCCUUGGUGAAUAAUCCACUGAGAUUAACAGAUGAGAGUCUCAAAGCCUUAGCUCAAAACUGCUCAAAGCUUGAAUCAGUGAGGAUAUCUUUUUCUGAUGGGGAGUUCCCCUCAUCCUCCUCAUUCACACUAAGUGGAAUACUUUGCUUAAUUCAAAAGUGCCCAGUUCGGCAGCUUGCUCUUGAUCAUGUGUAUUCCUUCAAUGAUGUUGGAAUGGAAGCUCUUUGCUCGGCAGAAUAUCUUGAAUCUCUUGAACUUGUCAGGUGCCAAGAGAUUAGUGAUGAGGGGCUACAGCUUGUGAGUCAGUUUCCCCGAUUGUGCAUUUUACGGUUAAGCAAGUGUUUGGGGAUCUCAGAUGAUGGAUUAAAGCCACUUGUUGGAUCAUUCAAGUUGGAUUUCCUGGCCGUUGAAGAUUGUCCUCAAAUUUCUGAAAGAGGUGCUCAAGGAGCUGCAAAGUCUGUGUCUUUCAGGCAAGAUUUAUCUUGGAUGUACUGAACCUGUUGGGUUUUAUGGACAUUGUGAAGUCCAUGGUCAUUUUUACAAGCUUACAUGCAGCCUCGAC